GGUUGUACGAUGUGUCUUUUGACAAUAACACUGAUGUAAUAUUUUUUGUAACUUAUAAUGAUUUUUAAUUUAAUUAUUACACUUCUUGCGCUAAGCUUGUGUGAAGGUAAAAGAUACGAUGGAUUCAUGCUGUUGCGGGGUUUGCCGGGUAGCGAAGAACAUUUAGAAUUUUUCAAAAACGUAACGAAGAAUUACGAUGUGAACGUGUGGCAGCCACCAGGUUUGGUCAACAGGCCUGUUGACUUCAUCAUAAAUCCUGACCAUGCCGAAAUAGUGAAGUCCGAAGCUAGGGAUAAGAACAUUCCCUUGGAAAUACUACAUAGUGACAUUCAGAGCGCGCUCGACAAUCAAACUGUGAACACGUACAGUAGGCGCAACACCAAAUCAUUUAACUUUAACAGCUAUUAUCGUGCAAAUGAUAUAGUCAACUGGAUGAUGGAUCUAAAAACACAGUACCCACAUGAAAUCAGCUUGUUCAGCAUCGGAAAGUCACUCGAAGGCAGGGAUAUUAUGUGCAUGAAGAUCAUCUUUAAAGGAUCUAAAAGAAGGUCCAAAGUUGUCAUUGAAGGCGGCAUACAUGCGCGGGAGUGGAUAGGGACGGCCAUGGUCACGUAUAUUAUCAGUGAACUGAUCCAUGCCCGUAACGGUUUGAGGGAUCAAAAACUGAAAGAUAUCGCUUAUAACUACGAAUGGUUUAUCAUUCCAAUAUUUAAUAUAGAUGGCUACGAAUAUUCGCACACAACGGAUCGUAUGUGGAGGAAAAAUCGCCGUGGUGGUCAUGGUGUCGAUCUGAACCGAAACUUUGAUGCGGCUUUUGGAACCGUUGGAGUUACAUUAACAGAUAAAGAGUCAGAAGAAUACUGCGGCCCUAAAGCGUUUUCUGAACCAGAAACCCAACACAUAAGAAGAUUUAUGCAAUCCACCAGCAAGCAUUUGCCGAUUAGCCAUUAUAUAUCAUUCCAUGCAUAUGGGCAGCUCUUCAUCAUACCGUAUGCGUAUACUAAGAAACACCUUGAAAAUUUUAAUGAAAUGAAAAAAAUAGGAGACAUAGCAGCAGCACGUAUAAAGAAGAGAUACGGGACGGAAUACACUGUAGGGACAGCAUUUGAUACCGUAGGAUAUAUGGCAGCUGGUGUAAGUGCAUGUUGGGCCAAGAAAACGUUUCAAAUCCCGUACGUGAACGUAUUCGAGCUUCGCGACACUGGCAAACACGGCUUUGCCUUGCCGGCUAACCAGAUCAAGGAGACAUGCCUGGAAACCAUGGAUGGACUGAUGGAGGUCCUCAAACCACGGCGAACCAAACUGUCAGGACAAGAUGACCUCGAUCAAGACCAACCCAACGGCCAAGCUAUGACUACUUUGAAUGGAUUGGUCUUUUCGAUAAAUGUUUUUCUUAUAUUGCUUUUCGGUUUUAUCUUCACACACAGACCGAAGGUCAUAAUAGAAGGCGGAAGCCAUGGAAGGGAGUGGAUAUCCCCAAUGGUAGUGACCUUUAUGAUACACGCCUUAGUAAACGCUAACAAUACCAACAGCGAAGAGUUGAAGGUGGUAGCACCCAUAUACGACUGGUUUCUCGUUCCUGUAAUGAACCCAGAUGGAUAUGUGUAUUCACAAACACAAGAUCGAUUGUGGAAGAAAAAUCGUCGUGGUGGUUAUGGUGUCGAUUUAAACCGAAAUUUCGGAAUUUCAUUUGGAAAUCUGGGAGCUAAGAAGGAUAAAAGAGAUGACGAAUACUGCGGCAGAGAAGCUUUUUCUGAACCAGAAUCAACGGCUAUGGCCACGCUAGUGAGGGACAACAGUUUCAGACUGGAGUACUAUCUGUCCUUUCAUGCUUAUGGACAGUAUAUCAUACUCCCUUACUCCUUUUCUAAGAUGUACGAAGAUAAUUACAAUAGUACGAAAAAGUUGGCUGAUGCGAUGGCUCUAAAACUAUUAACAAAAUAUCAAAUUCAAUAUAAAGUUGGCACUAACUUUGAUACACAAGGAUACUUAGCGUCAGGAGUAAGUGCAGACUGGGUAAAAAACGCAAUUAACGUUCCCCACGUGGCAACCAUCAUGUUACCAGACACAGGCGCGUUUGGAUUCGCAUUGCCAAUAGAUCACAUCCUGCCCACUUGCCAAGCCACCCUGGAUGGCUUGUUAGCGUUUCUAGAUCCGCCAAGCCCCGAAGAUGAAGAUGCUAAACUGACACUAAACCGUGACGGCAGAAGGUUAGGAGAAGAAGAAGAAGAAGAAGAUCCUCUUUUUUUUGGUGAUGAACUUAUAAGAGAUACUAGAGAUAUGGACAUUGAGUUCGUAACUUUGAUCCGUGAUCUGCAAAGUGCUUUCAAUAACCAAACUAUUAAGCCGUAUAUUAGGCGACGAAUGGAAUCUUUCGAUUGGAAGAACUACUACAGUGUAGAAGAUAUUUAUAAUUGGCUCAGAGAUCUUAGUGAUGCACAUCCCCGUGAAGUACGAAUACAAAGCAUUGGACAGAGUAUUCAAAACAGGCAUAUACUUGCUGUCAAGAUUGAAUUAGGGGCAUCUGGUCAAACUAACAGACCCGUGGUUAUGGUCGAAGGAGGUUCCCACGCUAGGGAAUGGAUAUCACCCGCAUUUGUAACCUUCAUGAUAAAUACAAUUCUAAACUCUAAAAACUCUACUAAUCAAGAAUUGAAGCAGAUAGCUAAUUCGUAUAAAUGGAUUUUCAUCCCUUUAUUAAAUCCUGAUGGAUAUGCGUAUUCACAAACUGAUGUAAGCAUUCAUUUAGUUAAUAGGGAAGACCGAGGUUACGUUGCCUCUGGAACAAGUGGUGACUGGGUGAAAAAAACCAAAAAUGUCUCAUACACCCUAACUAUUGAGCUUCCCGAUCAGGGUUACUACGGGUUUACGUUACCGAAAGAGAAAAUCUUGCCUACGUGUGAGGCGACAAUGGAUGCUUUACUUCCUUUCCUGGACCGAAAAAAUGAUACCAAACUCCGAAUCCAUUUGUUUAAUGGAGCUAAUCGACACAAGAACUUUAAAACUGUAUUUUUUAUAGCCCACAACUGUAUUAUUUUGAUAGGUCUUCGUAUUUGA